CAUAGACACUCUCUCUGACUCUCUUCCAGGGGGCUCAGAUCAUAGUAUUUCCAGAGGACGGUAUCCAUGGGUUCAACUUCAGUCGUCUGUCCAUCUCUGGUUACCUAGAGACCAUCCCUGACCCACUGACUGAGGACUGGAACCCCUGUACACAACCUGACAGACACAAUCAGACUGAGGUCCUCCAGAGUUUGAGCUGCAUGGCUCGACGCCACCAACUGUACCUGGUGGCAAACAUGCCUGACCUCCAGCCCUGCCCUCUGACCUCUCACCCCCACCUUGACCCCUCUCAAACUCCCUGCCCCCCUGAUGGGCGCUGGCAGUUCAACACUGAUGUAGUCUUCAGGUCUGAUGGUUCCCUGGCGGCUCGCUACCACAAACAAAACCUGUUCUUCGAGAAGGAAUUCGAUACCCCGCCCAGACUCGAGGUGGUGACCUUUGACACGCCGUUCGCCGGACGGUUUGGAGUGUUCACCUGCUUUGACAUCCUGUUUCACGACCCUACUGUCAGACUACUGGAGAAGGGUAUCAGACAGAUGAUCUUCCCCACAGCCUGGAUGAAUCUGCUUCCUCUACUAACAGCGGUUCAGAUCCAGAGAGCGGUCAGUCUGGGAGCUAACGUCACUCUUCUGGCGGCUAACCUCAGGCAUGACAGCAAGGUUAUGACGGGCAGCGGCAUCUUCACCCCUAGUACUUCCAUCUAUCACCACGCCUUCCACCACCCUGGGGAGCCAGAGGAGGGGAAGCUGCUGGUGUUGAGGAUACCUGUACUGGACAGUGACUGGCUGGCAACACAGAAGCAGGCAAAGAGGCAGGGAGAGACAGGAGGACAGGGUGAGGCAAAGAGGCAGAUAGGAGAAGAGGGCGAGGCAAAGGGGCAGGGGGAGAUAGGAGGAGAGGGUGAGGCA